AUGGAAUCUUUUCUUACUUCUUAUACUUCUAUUUCUGAUAUCACGAUUUUCACCACUUUAUGUAAGCGGAUUGAAACAGGAGAAUGGACAGGCGACAAAGAAAAAGAAUUAAGAAAUUUUAAGGAAACACUUGAUAGAGUGAUAAACCAUUUAGAAAACGUUAAAGAUAGCAAGAGGUUAGAACAACUUAAUAAGUUUAGGGAAGGUGGUCUUUUGAAACAACGUCUGAGUAAAAAAUUUAAAUUAUCUACAAAUACUAUAUUAAAGGGUAUUUGUAAAGAUUUUAUUACAAAAGAACAAGAGAAGCACAAUAAACCUUCUCAAAAAUGCGGAGAUGCAGUGUUUGGUGAGUUUCUAGAUAAACCUGAGCGAUUACAAAAACUAACAACUCAAAUGUUAGUAGUGCUAAGUCGGGUCUGGAGUUCACCUAAAUGGAAGGCAAAUACGGCGAGUUUGGCUAGUACAGAGAGAAAAGGAUCAAACCAACAGGCGAGGCGUUCUGAUUAUUUGAUUGUUGCUAAUGUAAAUAGUAUAGAAGUUGAGAUUGGAUAUCUUGAAACAG